CUGUGCUCCGCGUCUUCUCGUUCUCUGUUUUUUCUCUCUCGAGCUCUUGUUAUAUUACGCCGCUAUUACUCGUGCGAAUCGCGUGCGUUGACUCUGUCCAAGCGACGUUUCGCGCAUUGCCUGCCGAUCGCUCCGACGACGAGAUCGCACGUGUGCCUCCGGCUAAGCUACAGUGUGUGUGUGCGUGAGUGCGUGUGUACUGGCUUACGCGAGGAUCCUCGUUCGCGGCUCCGAACUCCGCGCUGUGUCACUGUGUGAAAACUGCCAAUGAAACUAUAUUUUGACCGAGUGAGUGCUGUAUACGUAGUGCUACAUCGUUCUCGACUCGCGCUCCCUUCCUGCUGGGCCGAGAGCUCGUUAUAUAGCUCUUCGAUCGACUCCUUCUUCCCAAGUUUUUUGCUGCAUUGCAGCUGAAUUUUUAUGUAACUACACACCGGCGUUCGCUGCUUUCGAGCGCACCGAGAGAGACAACAAGCGCUUCAACCAAGCAUAAAGAGUCGGCGACGGCGUAGUGGAGCAACUGCAAAAGGAGAGCAGCAGCAGCUAUGAGCGGCUUCUCGCAAAAAAGUAGCAGCGACGUCGCCGUCUUCGUCUAUGCUGAAAGAGGCAACAGCAGCAGCAGCAGCAGCAGCAGUCUUUGAGAGCAGAUCACUUAUCGACGAAGCUCGGGCAACUCUUUUCCUCUCUCGUUCGCUCACUCGCUAGCUGUUCACUCACUUUCUCUCUCUCUCCUACAAGCAAUCUUUAUCCUCUUUUGACUAGCCAUGGAUUGGCUCUUCCGCAGAAUUGCCUCUGCUUCGCUAUUACUGCUCACCCUCGUUUCUAUAGAAGAGACGUGGGCGCUGCGCAUGAUGGAGCUGGUGAUACCGCCGCACGCGAUAAGGGGCCAGAACGUGAGGCUCGAUUGCAACUUCAACCUGGACAAUGUGAACCUCUACUCGGUCAAGUGGUACAAGGACGGCAACGAGUUCUACCGAUAUCUGCCGGGCGAACAGCCGCCCGUGCAAGUUUUCACGCUGCCCGGCGUCACCGUCGACAUUCACAAUUCAACGGAGCGAUCGGUGGUCUUGCAGUCGGUCAAUCUCAUGAGCUCCGGCCGCUACAGAUGCGAGGUGUCCGGCGAGGCACCCGCUUUCCAAACAGUCUCUGAGCACUCGGACAUGCAAGUUGUCGCGGUGCCCGAGGAAGGUCCCAAGAUCACCGGCCGAACGAAUCGAUAUCGUUAUCAAGUUUCGGACGUCGUUAGAUUCAACUGCACUUCGUCCAAAUCCAAGCCGGUCGCAACUCUCAGCUGGUUCAUCAACGGAGACCCGGUGGAUCAGCAACUUCUGCGAGGCCCUUACCUGGAGGAACAGGACCGAGACGGGCUUCAGAACGUGACACUGGGUCUGGAGUUUCGAAUAAAGCAGAAGCAUUUCAAGCGCGGGGAUAUGAAGAUUAAGUGCCUGGCGAACAUAGCCACGGUUUACUGGAAGAGCAACGAGCUCAGCAUCGAGGGUUAUCGGCCGGAGCAGAACAAAGUACCGGUCAUGGAGAGCCGAGAGACUCGGCCCCAGGGUCACACGCACGCCGAGCACAUACUUGUCCGUCUCUUUUCGGACUUAUUUUCUGUUGCAGCGAGUGCCAAUGCCGCUCAGUCGAGGCUCCAUUGCGGCCUGCCGAUGCUCCUCGUCGUCGUGGCUCCUCUUCUGCGGCUCCUGCUCUGAAGAGGCCUCCGCUCCGCUUCGUCCGAUCGAAGCGAUCGAGCCUAGAUUUAUGGCGUUGACAGAGACAAAGCUCUCGAGGUGAGCGCCAAUGGAUCGAUCGUUCAGCCGAUGCUCUCUUCUGUAAAUAUCGGGAUACCGAGCGACGCGGAUUAUCCAAAGAGCGGCAUCAACUAACGAUCACAUGGCCAGAAUAUUAUAUUCGUACGAAGCAUUAUUAUAUACGUAUAUAAGUAUUGUAUUAAAUAACAUGCGAUAAAACGUGGCUAUUUAUAUUUUUAUAAAUCUAUGUGUAGUGGGUUGUGCAGCAAAAGUGUAAUAAUAAUUGUAAGAAUUAACGUGUCAGUGUGAUUCUUUGCGAUUAUCUAAUAUACGGACCAGAUAAGCAGUGACUUACUCGCCGCAUUUGAGUGAAAGCCAUGCGAUAAUUUGGCAAACAUAUAAACGUGAAAAACUUGACAUUGAAAAUAUUUCUGAAAAUAUAGUGCAGCUGUAGUAACGUCGUGAGAGAACGAGAGAAAGAAAGCGUAUAAAACAGAGUCUGUACCAGGCGAUAUUUUAACAUUAUCGUUUCGUUGAAUCCAUGUGUAUGUAUGUAUGUAUGUAUGUAUGUGUGUAUAUAUAAACGGUUUAGGAGCUUCGGAAUGACUUUUAAAUCAACUAUAUUAUGCAGUCACGCGCGCCAUCAUUAAUAUAUCGGAGUAGUUGGAGCCAUUCUUCUCGAAAAUUAUAACUGUAUAUUUAAUUUGUCAAAGUCGCGCGCGCGAGACAUCUUUCAUUCAAAUUUAGUAGGGAAGAAUCGUUGCCGCAAUAAAAUCACUUGAGAGUGUAGGUAUUUUUAGGUAUUUUUGAAAACUGGUAAAGCUCGAGCUCGAGGAGAGAGAGAAAGCGCAGCAUAAAGACGAAUAUAGAGCGAAUUUAUCGAAUUUCACGUUAAAUUAAAUCUGUCAAGGAAGUCGGGUUUCGAUGGAAGUGGCAUUUCAUGUACGGUACAGGCACAUUUGCUUAUGUACUUAAUACGUAUUAUAAAGGGCCAAAUUAAAGUGUGACUUUUGUGCGUCGAAAAAUAAUUGUUUAUGAAAGACGAAAAAAAUCAAUGGUGUGAUCGUAGUGUGCUAAAUGAGCAUGUAAAAAUGAUGAAUUUACCUUGUUUUUCAUGCAUAGCCGAGCGUCAUGCACGCGGCAAUGAUACUGUUUAUCUUCCAUGUAUGAGCGUGUGACAGCCCAGAGAGACUCUCGAGUAAUUUAAUUAAGGUUAAAGACAGCAAAAUUUUCAAGAAUUUCCCGGCAUAAUCUAGAGAAAUUCGCUCUUAUACGCGUCUUGGAGCUUGCGCCAAAGUCACAGGUCUCGUUUUCCGUAUUAUAAGUAUAGUAGACGCAAUUAACUUUAAGUCAACCGUGUGAGAAAGAGAGAGAGAGAAAGAGAGAGCUUGAUAGCUAGGAUAAUGCAGAGGAGAGACUAGAGAAUAUUUAGGCGAACAUUUAUGCGAUUUCAUUAAAUUUAAACGCGUGACAUUUCGGCGAACAUUUUACAGCGCGCGACUCGUCAGAGUCUAACUCGAAUUUUUAUUAUUCUUCAUGAUUGUAAUUAAUCGGUGCACUUGUAUGAUAAUUUAGUUUUGAGCAUGUAGUAUGCAGAUUUUUUUCGUAAAAUGAAAAGAGAAUCUACGUAAAUUAUUUUGUCACGACGAACUUUAUAUUUUUUCUAAUUUUGCUUCACUUGUCGUUCAAAAUUUUUUAUAAAAAUUAUACGAGUGCUUAGGGCGUACCAACUGUAUGACUCAAAAUUAUCUAAAACGCGAGAGUACAAAUUCAAUAUUUUUUCUCAUUUGAGAAAACAUCAUUGACUCAUUGGAUACAUACAAUAGAUCUGAAACGUUGUAUCAUACAAUUUGAACGUGUAAAUACAUAAUCAUAUUAAUUUUGGAAGAUGAAAACUUUAACUUAUUACAUUAGAUAUAGGCACCUUUCAUCGUUUGCAAAAAUCUUUUAAAGAAUAAUAAUAUAUUACUCACGAUUCAAGUGUGUUGAAAAAAUAAUAUUAAUAUUUGACGUUGUAUAAGCAUUUUAAAAUUAAAUCGUUCAACUACCAAACUAUAGCCACGACAAUUUUGUCCUUUACAAACUACGAGAUUUUACCAUAUUUUGGAUUUCUAAAGAAUAUUUAUAGAAAAGAGUCGAUAUUGUGUACGACAGAAAAAACUCAAUUAUUGAGAUUAAAUAAUAUAUUUGUAAAGAUGUUACGAUCGUUGACAGAAUCUUACAUUUUAAAAAUGUUCAAUAUAUAAAUAGAAUAAGUGAAGGGUACCUGUAUCAUAACAAAAGAUCUAAGAAAAACUUUAAAUCAUAAUUCAUGUAAUGGUGUAGGUCUAUUUCAUCAUGCAUAUUACGAGAGGAUAAUUAAAUUUUUCAUAUCUAGUAAAAAAAGGUGUAUGAAUCGUCUUAUACAAAUAUUAGAUACAUGAUUUUCUUUUAAAUAAAUGUGUUAUGCAUCAGACAUUAUGUUGAUGUAAAGUAUUAUCAAACAACAGUAGUACUGCGUUUAAAAUCUUAACCAAUCGCGUGAUUCCAAACUUUUGUGAAAAUCAUACUUAAUUUAUGAAAACUCAUUUCAUAAGGUUUUUAUUACAUACUGUAUAUUUUGAAUGAUAAUUUAAAUGACUAAAAUAGCAUAGAAUAUUAACUUAUAAUCCAAGUAAAUUAUUAUGAGAGGCUGCGUGCAAAUGAUUUCUACUAAGAAAUAUAUUUUUCUAACAAAUAUUCUUCCAUUAACAUUCAAAACCCAAAUGAAUUAACGAAUUUACAUAUGUAAUAGAAGUUAUCCAUUGUCAAUCUUGUAUGAAUAAUUUUUCAAACCCUGCCUACAGCAGCCUCUUGUUUUUCACUACAUACUUUAUGCACGAUAAUUUGUAACUCACACAUACACACACAUAUACAUUUAUUGUUCAGUGCUGAGAGAAGAUAUAUAAAUUUCUUAAUUGCGUAUACACUAUCACCUUCACCAAAUAUAUUAAUAAGAAAGUACGCCUCUAAUCUAGUCUAUGCGAGCAAAGAAAAUAUAUGAAAUCACAGAAAAUCUAUAAUUUAUCAAGUGUUCCACUUCAUACGCUAAAUUCAAACAUUCCUAGUUGUUAAUCUGUGUGCGAUGUAUGAGAUUUAAAAGUAUGGAAUGUAUUAUUUUCA